AUGAUUCCAAAUAAUAUAAAUAACCGAAAAAAAUUAAAAUUACCAGAAUUAUUUAAAGAAAAAUAUGGAUUCAAUAAAAAAGGAAUUGAAUUAAGAUAUUGUGAUGGUGAAAAAGGUAUGGGUAUAUUUUCAAAUAGAAAAUUUAAUAAGGGUGAAAAGAUUAUGAAAAUUGAACCAUACGUUUGGUCAGUUGCAAAGCAUGCUAUAGUUUGUGAUGAAUGUUUAAAGAAUAAAUUGGAUUUAGAAGAAGGUAAAACUUUGAAAAGAUGUUCAAAUUGUAAAUUGGUUUACUAUUGUUCAACUGAUUGUCAAACUAAAGCAUGGAAAAUUCAUAAACAAGAAUGUAAAAUCCUUUCAACAAUUCCUUCAACAACUGAUAAAAAAAAUAUAAAUACAAAAUCAACUACAAUGUUAUUAAGAUUAUUUAUAAAAAGGAAUUUAGAAUUAAUUAAUAAUAAUAAUAAUAAUAAUAAUAAUAAUAAUAAUAAUAAUAAUAAUAACGAUAACCAUAUUACUGGUCAAUAUGAAAUUAUUGAUGGUCUUUUAAAUCAUAAAGAUAUUAGAUCAGAUAAUAAUGAAUAUAAAUCAUUUUCAAGUGGAUUUUGUAGUUUAUUAGGUGAAGAUCCACAAUUAAAAGCACCAAUUGUUUUAGAGUAUCUAUUGAAAUUGGAACCAAAUUGUAUAACAAUACCAAGAUGUGAAGCCUCUUCAAUUGGUUUAUAUCCAUUAAUGUUAUUUUUUAAUCAUUCAUGUAAACCAAAUAUAUCAAUUAUAAAUAAUAGAAAAGAAUUAUUAAUUAUUACAAAUAAAAUUAUUGAAAAGGAUGAAGAGUUAUUUAUAAAUUAUAGUCCUGCAAUUUGUUAUAGAAAUGAAAGAUUGGAUAACUUAAAACAAUGUUUUUUCUUUAACUGUAAAUGUACAUUAUGUUUAGGUGAAGAGAAAAUAAAAUCAAAAGAUCUAUAUAUAACUUGCAAUAUAAAUAAUUGUGGUGGUAGAAUUAAUCAAGAAAUUGAUAUUAAUAUUAAUAAUAAUAAUAAUAAUAAUAAUAAUAAUAAUAAUAAUAGCAACAACAACAACAACAACAACAAUAGCAAUGAAGAGAUUUUAAAGUGUUAUAAAUGUUUAAAAGUUUAUAAAGGCCAAGAAAAAGAUGAAAUCCUUAAAAAGAAAUUAAUAAUAAAAAAUUUACAAAAUAAAUUAUCAACAAAUACUGACCAAAUUAAUAUCAACCAAGAAUUUAAAUCGUUACUUGAAUUAUAUUGUAAAGAGAUUCAUCCAACCGAUCCAUUAUUUUAUGAAAUUGUAAAUAAAACUCAAUUAUUUUAUUUAGGUAAUAAUAAUAAAUUUAUAAGUGAUAAUGAAUUAUCAACAAUAUAUCACCCAAGAUAUCAAAUAAUGAUAAAGUAUCAUCUAUUACAAGUUCAAAACUUAGAAUAUGAAUAUUGUAGACAAAUGUUAGAUUAUGUGAAUACAUUAGCAACAACAAGUUAUUUUAAAGAUGCUCUUAAUAUUUUAACAGAUUUAAUGUCAAAUCAUUUAUCUCAAAUCGAUUUCUAUGGUUUCAAUAGAGAUGAAUUAUUAUCUUUACUUUAUAAUUUACAACAUGAAUAUAAAAAUAAUAUAAAGACCAGUCGUAAAAUAAUAAACUAA